AUGGUGGAGCAGCGCACCCAUUCUUGCCCUGUGCAAAACAGCGAGGUCUAUGUGCUGCGCCAGGUCGGCCCUUCGUUCUCGUCCAUACCGCCGCGAUCCCCGCCGUCGCCCAUAACCCCGGCAGAAGAUGACGACCUCUGCACGCCCAUCGAGGCCCUGACUCUGGACCAGCCCGCCAUCGCCGUCUGCGAUAAGAAGCUCGCCAUAGAGAAUCGUCUGUCCACGGCGGUCCACGUGCUCGCCACCGAGACUGCCGCCCUGCAGAAUGUCACCCAGCUGUACUCAACCGACCGGCUCACUCGGGAGGGCUUUAACCGCGCCGUGGACGCCAUCACGCGGCGGCAGGGCGACCAAGGGCGCAACGGCAAGGUCGUGGUCAUCGGGGUCGGCAAAUCCGGCCACAUCGCCAAGAAGCUCGUCGCCACCUUCAACAGCCUGGCCAUCCAAGCCGUCUUCCUGCACCCGACAGAAGCGCUGCACGGCGACCUGGGCCAGAUCUCCCCGCACGACACCUUGCUGCUGAUCACCUUCUCGGGCAAGACCCCGGAACUCCUCACCCUCCUCCCGCACCUGGACAGGUCCCUCCCUCUGAUCCUGCUCACCGCCCACACCCGGCCCGAGACGUGCGAGCUGGUCCGCCACAGGCCCGACACCAUCCUGCUGCCGACGCCCGUGCACGAGCCCGAGACAAAAUCGUUCGGCGUCUCGGCGCCCACCACCUCCACCACCGUCGCCCUGACCGUCGGCGACGCCCUAGCCAUUGUCGCCUCGCGCGAGCUGCACCCCUCGGUCGGGUCCGUCUUUGCCCGCAACCACCCCGGAGGCGCCAUCGGCGCGGCCUUGCGGGGCGGCCGCCGCUCGCGCGAGGAUCAUGUGCGGUCGCUGGCGGUGCGGCUGGACGAGGUGGCUGAUUUGGGUGAAGGGGAAGGGGAAGCCAUUACCGGGGCGGACGUGCUGCGCGCGGGCUACGCCAGUCCGUCUGGCUGGGUGCGACUGCGCUCCUCCUCCUCGUCGUCGUCGCCUGGGCGAGACGACGGCGGGAAGGUGGAAAAGGUGAUUCCGCCACGGCGGAUCAAGAGGAUGAGCAAAGCGGAUUUGUCGCGACGGAUAGAUGACCUGCGCUUGGCGUGGCUCGCUACGCCCAGGAGCGAGUUCAUACCCGUCGCGGCCGACACCAGCGUGCAGAGGGCGGCUGAGUGGAUUAGAGGGUUGAGAGGGGCUGCUGCUGCCACCACGGAUGGUGGUGGUGGAGGUGGUGGUGAAAGGGACCGUGGGCCCUACGGGGAGGAUGCGAUCGUGGCGGUCAUGGACAGGGGGGAGUGUGUUGGUCUGUUGGAGGUGGAGAGGUUGCUUGAGGAGGCUUGA